GUUGGGUGGUGAUAAAAUACUAUCACUAUACUUCACCUACGUAGUUUCCUCGAAAUCCGGAGGCUAAAACGGACGAUAUGGCCACACAGUACACAGAUCUAGAAUUAGCCAUCAACAUGCUGGUGACACAGUUCCAUGCAGCGUCUGCUAAUGAGGGUCCCACUUUGACAGCGGAAGAGUUCCAAAGUAUGGUCUCCAAAGAGCUGCCUACUAUGGUGAAGACUCCUGGGGAUCCGGAGGGUUUAAACCAGCUUCUGAAAGACAUGGAUGUGACGGAAGGGCAGGGAGUCACCUUUAAGGACUUUUGGAAGCUGGUAAAUUCCCUGGCAAGCACCCAGUUUGGGCUGUUUCAGAAAGACAAAAAUGUAAAGUGUACUUGCCUGUUACUUUGAGACCAAGGCAAGCAAAUAGCCCAACCAAUCAAACUACUCAAAUAAGCCCCUCCCAGUGCCUGUACUCUUGUGGAAAAUCAGCAGGCUCUCAAUCAGGCACCUUGUUCUCAUGUUAUCACAUUUCCUAGGUGACCCCCGCUUGUAACUUGAAAGGUUAAACAAUGAUAGUGUAGUAACUUAGAUGUACACAUGGGCUAGACUAAUGUUAUGAGAAGAAGCAGCCUUUCUUAUUUGUUGAUGUGCUCUGGUGCUGCAGGUAUUUGAUUUGACAUUUUUCAAUCAGCCUGCCUUUUGCAAUAUUUUUGUAUAAUAAUGAUAAUUGCAAUAGAGACUGAAGCAUUAUCAUGAUGUGUAGUGUGGUUUCUGUUGUUUCAAGACAAUUUUUUGAUGUUUCUCUGUAGCACACAAUAUAUUUUCUUGUGCAGUGGGAAAAGUUAGACUGAAAUUUCUCAGUGUAAAUGAAGAUGUGACAUAAUAAACAUGUAAUUGUAUUUUGGCA